AUGGAUAAUUUUAUAGAAGUCUUAGACCACUUUAGAAAUAUCACUGAAGAAUAUUGGGAUAUUCACCAACAAUGGAUGGAAGAUAACUCAAUCAUGAGCUAUACUCAGGACUUGCCUACGGAAGAAGUUAUUGAUAGGAUUUAUACUAUUCUUGAUGAAUUUUAUGAUUGAGUCAAGAAAUCAAGAACUUCUAAACAUAUUAGGGGGAUGAAGUUUUUAAAACCAUUGCUUCGACCAAAUGCUAGUUGGAACACUGAGUUAUGAACUUACUAUACAGAUAUUACUCAGGAAUCAGUCAGAUUUAGGGACAUAUCUAUAAUUACUCACAAAUAAUUCUUUCUUCAACCUUUUGAAGCUCUUGAAGAUUGUUCUUGUAAAUCUCGAAGAAAAUGCCAGCAAACCUAUUAAAGAGAUUCAGAACUCACAAGGCUGAACGGUGAGCAACCAGGAAAGCUGUGUUAUGAGAAAGAGGGAGAUUUAUUAUAGACUCAAAGAUGAAAUUGAUGUUGGCAGUGGGACGAUUGAUGACUUGAUUUAUACCCUAGGGCUGGUGUUGGGGGUGAAGAGGAAGGCCUUAAAGAUUGCGUCUUCUAGUAAAGGGAUGAUAUGGGGGGAUUUUAAUGGAAUGGAAAUGCAUACAGGGGUUGGAGUAAUGAUACCUUCGAUGGAAGGAGAGGAAAUAGAAGUCUGGUCAGGUGCUGAUUUCAUACUUGUGAUAGAGAAAGAGACUAUUUUUAAUAGGAUUAUUUCUAUUCCUAAUCUUUGAGAUGAAAUAGGGGCUAAUGUCUUGGUAAUGACAGGAAGAGGAAAUCCUGAUUAUAGUACAAGAAGAUUGUUAAACAUUUUAAGCAGAGAAAAAGGGAUUCCAGCAUUUUUCUUAUGUGAUCUCAAUAUUUAUGGAAUGGAGAUAUUCAUGAAUUAUGCUUAUGGGUGAAUUUCAUCACUUUGAGAUACUCAAGAUCUAGCCACUCCUUGACUCUUUUGGCUUGGUCCCUUUAUAGAAGAUAUUAAGAAUAUUAUCCCAAAUGAAGAUCCCCUUUGAAGUCAAGGUAAUGAAUCAAAAUCAACAAGUGCAUCAUUCAAUGAGUUUUUACCUGCUGAUGAAUGGGAUACUGAUUUACUCAAAAAUAUAAAAUUUUCAAAUGUUGGCAAAGAUAAAGAAAAGAUUAAAACGAUCAAGAAAAGAGCAGUACUGUGCCAAAAGCCUAGUGACACACCAGAGCUAUCUUUCUCCCAAUCCUCAUUCCCAGACUACCACUCCUACAACCUCUCCUGUAUGACCACCCAAUUAUCCCACCUCACCAAAUCCAAACUCGACCUUGACCUCCUCCUCGAACUCCCUUCCUUCUUCACCACAUACACAAAAUCCAAAAUCCUACAAAUCUCCCACAACCUCCAAUAAAUCCCCUCCUACAUCCAGCAUCCCUACUCUAAAUUCCCAUUCUUCUUAAAAAUUUCAAU